AUGGCAGGCGGCGGGCACCGGCGCUUCGUGGGCGCCCUCCACCUGCUGCUGCUGCUGCUGCUGCUGGCGGCCGCCCUGCCCGUGGCAGCCGUGAGUCCGAGUCGGAGCACGGGCGACUGGACCCAGGAGAAGAAUCAUCAUCAACCAGCAGUUUUGAAUUCAUCAUCUCUUCAGCAAAUUGCAGAAGUCACCAAUAUUUCUGAAAUGUGGCGAAACGACUUACGGCCGCUGCUGAUAGAGCGAUAUCCGGGAUCUCCUGGAAGCUACGCUGCUCGGCAGCACAUCAUGCAACAGAUUCAGAGACUUCAGGCCGACUGGGUGUUGGAAGUGGACACCUUCUUGAGUCAGACGCCUUAUGGGCACCGGUCCUUUUCAAAUAUCAUCAGCACCCUCAACCCCGAUGCGAAGAGACACUUGGUCCUUGCCUGCCACUACGACUCUAAAUAUUUUCCCCACUGGGAUGGGAGAGUGUUUGUGGGAGCCACGGAUUCAGCUGUGCCGUGCGCAAUGAUGCUGGAACUUGCUCGCGCCUUAGACAAGAGGCUCCUUUCCUUGAAGGAUGUGUCAGGCUCCAAGCCAGAUCUCUCACUCCAGCUAAUUUUCUUUGAUGGGGAAGAGGCUUUCCUUCACUGGUCUCCUCAGGAUUCUCUGUAUGGCUCUCGGCACUUGGCGCGGAAGAUGGCAUCCACCCCACACCCGCCAGGAGCAAGGGGCACCAAUCAACUUCAUGGCAUGGAUUUAUUGGUCUUAUUAGAUUUAAUUGGAGCUCCAAACCCAACCUUUCCCAAUUUUUUUCCAAACACCGCCAGAUGGUUUAAUAGACUUCAAGCAAUUGAACAUGAACUCCACGAACUAGGUUUGCUCAAAGAUCACACUUUGGAGAGGAAGUUUUUCCAGAAUUUUGGGUAUGGAAAUAUUAUUCAGGAUGACCAUAUUCCAUUUUUGAUAAAAGGUGUUCCCGUUCUACACUUGAUAACAUCUCCUUUUCCUGAAGUCUGGCACACCAUGGAUGACAACGAAGAGAAUUUGGAUGAGUCGACCAUAGACAAUCUAAACAAAAUUAUUCAAGUCUUUGUGGUGGAAUAUCUUCAUUUGUGAUAUUCUAACUUAGUUUAUGGUGAUUGUUUCUACAUCAAAUUCAGAAGAGGCCAAGCAUGCCUUCAGGAUGGUAUGGCUGCAGAUGUUUACAUCAAAUUAAAAAGUCAAAAUAUUAUUUAAAUCAUCUUAUUUCAGAUAAAUGUUGUGUGUAAACUUGUAUGCCAUAGAUUCAUUUUGUUGGUGCCUUUGAAGACAUGACCAGUGACUCAUAGAAUUAUGUCAUGUCUUAAAUUACUCAUUAGUUUUCACCUAGAGAUAAGAAACAUAUAAAGAAAACUAAAAAAAAAAUCUCUUUGAAACUCCCUUUAGAUAAAAACCUUGAAAUGGAUUCAGAUAUACUUAUCAAUAUCAAGGACUUUUAAACAGUAUGUAACUAUGACAGUGGUGUACAAUGCGUGGCUGUAGUUUUAUGAUUUUUUCAUGUUUGGGACUAUGUCAUAUAAUAUAAUAAGAGAUGUACAUUGAAAGCCUUUGCAUUUCUUUGAGGAGUCUUUGUUGGUUAUAUUUGUGGAAAUCAAACUCGGAAUUAAAUGUCAUGUUAUGAA